AUGGGCACACGGCGGUUGAGAAGUGGACAGGGGAUUCUUACUCCUUCAUGGAAUCUGAUGUCACCUCUGUUAUCAGGGAUUCGAUUUGACUCUGCUUACGACUUAACUGUUUGUCUUGAUACAGCUUUGAAGUUUGGGUUCAGCAGUCUUGCUUGUAAUUUUACAGAAGAUAAUUUGAAGUCUUGGUUUACAGGACCAACGAAUGGGUUUCCUUGUGAGGAGCAGUGUUCGUUAACAGUGAAUACAGAUCCAAAUACAAUAUACAGACUGAAGAGGGAGAGAUUCUGGCUGAACAAUACCAUAAGAAGAGCACUAAAUGUCAACAACAGAAAUGGAUGUCAGACUGAAAAUCCAGCGAUUGAUAUAGAAGUGAGAUGUAUUUUGGAUGAGUUUGAAGACUACUUUGGACUUUUGUGUUCAAAAGACACUGAUUGCUGGAGGGCCAAUACAUUAUGCGUUAAAUAUGGGAAAGUUGGAUCGUGCGAAUGUAGGAAUGGAUUUGUUCGGAUUUAUGGAGAUUGUACAGCAGCUGCAGAAAAAUUUAAAAUGGUGGAAGAAACAAACACUGGAAUAAUAGCAGGAGUCGGUUUUGGAUGCUUUGUCUCUGGCGUUGUCAUUAGUCUAUGCAUUGUCGUCAUCUAUAGACAAAGAAAUGCCCUACGACAGCACAAAGAUUCGAAUAAUGCUGUUGAUAAUCGUUCAUAUGAGAAACAUAUAGAAAUUACGCCAUCAAGACAGACUCCUGAUAUGGUAUCUCGUUUGCCACCAACCAUCAAAGAAAUCACCUACUCCAACAUUAAUGGGGAUUCCACAAGUGCAAAAGAUGAUUUAUAUAAUCACCUGAACGAAGAAGGAAAGGCUACAACUGAUUUAGAUGAUUACAUGUAUGACCAUGCUAAUCCUGUCAUGGAACAGAUCGAACCGGAUGAAGAUUACAGUCACCUUACAAAUGAAAAUGGGCCAUUACAAAACACGGACCAUUAUUUCUCUUUGGAAAAACAUAAAUGUUGACGAUCUUAUAUAUAUAUAAGAAUUUUUAUACAUUUCCUAUUGUAUGUACCAUCAGCGCCAGUGCAUAUGUACUCGUAAAAUGAAAGCAAAAGAUGUGACAUGCACAAUUUUUG